CGGCGAACAUCUGCUCCAUCCUGCACCGCGGACACACCGAGCUCUGAAAACCUGCUUUCUGGAGAGCCGCUCGCUUUUUCGCCCACCGUGUGCUGAAAUGAGAUUUGAGCACCUCUCGGAUGGUGGACUGGUCAGCUGAAUGUCAGCUGCUUGUGGAGCAUGGGUACAACUGCCAGUGCCGCACCACAACCUGUUUCCGUAGCGUCGCCACUUGAGAGUGUCCAUGGCAACGGGAUGGCCGACAGCAGGCAGUCUCUUAGCAUGAGCCCCUUUCAGACAGUCAACAUCCACAACAACAAGGCCAAGUCCAUUAUCACCAACAAAGUCGCACCUGUUGUCAUCACGUAUAAUUGCAGACAGGAAUUUCAGAUUCACGAUGACAUCCUCAAGACCAACUACAAAGUCGGCCGGAUAUCGGACACUAUGCCCGAGCACUACCUGGUGCAGGGGGAGUUCUUCAUGGUCCAGGACGUGUACAGCAAGGCAGAUGUCCUUAAUACCACGGGCAGCUAUGGAGCACCCAACUUCCGUCAAGUCAAGGGGUCCUACCCGCUGUAUGGGAUGGGUCAGCCGAGCCUGAAUGGCUUCAAACAGGUUCUUCAGAGGCUCCAGGCGCAAGGACACGAGGAGGUCAUAUUCUUCUGUGUAAGAGAGGAGCCAGUGGUUUUCCUGCACAAGGACGACGACUUUGUGCCGUACACCCCCAGGAGGAAGGAGAACCUGCACGAGAACCUUCACGGCCUAGAAAAGGAGGAGCUGGUGGAGAGCCUGGAGCUCACCGUCAGGAAGGAGCUCCACGACUUUGCCAAGCUCAACGAAAACAUCUUCUACGUCUACAACGACAUCGAGUACUUUAAAGACGAGCCGCAGAAGAUCUCCAUCAUGUGUGAGGAGGACAUCCAUGUGACCGAGGAGGUCUAUAAGAGGCCCAUGUUCACCAUGCCGGCCUACAGGUACUACAGAUUACCACUACCAAUGGAGGGAGCGCCAUUGGAGGAAGACUUUGACGCGUUUGUUAACAUACUCAGGGAGAGUGUGAGCUUGUCUCUGGGCCACGACGCGUCCCGGCGGCUGCCCGCCCUGCUCUUCAGCUGCCAGGUGGGCGUCGGCCGCACCAACCUGGCCAUGAUCCUGGGCACACUGGUCAUGAAUCGUCUCAGGGGUGAUUCACAACCGCAACCCCAAGUUGAGGAGGCACUAGCUUCAGAGCCCAAACCUGUGUUCCAGGUCAUCCAGUCUCUGAUCAACAAGCUGCCUAACGGACAGCAGGUCAUGGAGGAGGUCGACCAGGCUAUCGCCCUGUGUUCAGAAAUGCACAACAUAAAAGAAGCAAUAUAUGAGAACAAGAGUAAGCUGGAAGGGAUUGGAGAAGAUUAUCAAAUUCAGGGAAGCAGUACCAAAGACUACUUUCUCAACAGAACCAUGCAGAGCUUGGAGCGCUACUUCUACUUAAUUGUAUUUAAUGCAUACCUUCACGAACAGUAUCCUCUUGCCUUUGUGUCCAACUUCAGCCAGUGGAUGUGCUGCCACGCGUGGCUGUACAGGCUGCUGGCCCGCAUGGAUCUGUCAGAGCUGUCGGCCCCGGCCGAGCUGGUCACCAGAGGAGCACGCGUCCUGGUUGCCGAUGAGUGCUUGGCCCCGGACGUGCUCAGCACAGUGAAGGAGAUGAAGGCGGUCAACUUCAGACGAGUGCCCAAGAUGCCAGUUUAUGGAGUGGCUCAGCCAACGUCAGAGGCUGCCGGAGCAGUUUUGGCCCAUCUGACGGAUGAGAAGAGGAAGCACAGCCACGUGUUGUGGGUCAACUUGCAGGAGGAGCUGGUGCUGGAAGGGAAUGGUCAAAUUUUUACGCCAAGGGAGCCGUCAUGCCUGGACCAGCACAUUUCUAUCCCCUCAUCUGACCCACAGCUAAUAGAGAAACUGGAGACGUCUCUGAAGGAGGAGAUCCUGCGAGCUCAGAAGUGGCUUGAGGUGACGCUGGAGCAGGAGAAACAGAUGAAGAUGUUUAAAAGCUGCCUGACGGCCCGGGAGAUCUUUAAUCAGCACAUAAGCUCCCACCAGGGCCUCGUCUACAAACGCAUCCCUGUGCCGGACUGCAGCGCGCCCAGGGAGGAGGAGUUUGAUAAGCUGUUGGAGGCCAUGAAGAGUGCCCUGGCUGAGGACUCUCACUCAGCAUUUGUUUUCAACUGCUCUAACGGCAAAGGCAGGACCACGACCUCCAUGGUUGUCGCUGUUCUGACUCUCUGGCACUUUAAUGGUUUUCCAGAGUUUGCAGAUGAUGAGAUUGUGAGCGUUCCUGACGCCAAGUACACAAAAGGAGAAUUUGAGGUCGUGAUGCAGGUCGUGCGUCUUCUCCCCGACGGCCACAGGAUGAAGAGGGAGGUGGACAUGGCUCUGGACUCUGUCAGCGAGACCAUGACCCCGAUGCACUACCAUCUGAGAGAGAUCAUCAUCUCCACGUACAGACAGAUCAAAAGUGGUAAGACGGAGAAGGACUGUCAGCAGCUGCUGCUGAGGAGCCUGCAGUACCUGGAGCGCUACAUUUACCUCAUCCUCUUCAACACGUACCUGCAUCUAGAGAAGAAGAACUCCUGGCAGCGCUCCUUCACUCUCUGGAUGGAACAGGUGGCUGCCAGAGCCGGAGUUUAUGACAUCCUCAACCAGCUGGGCUUCUCGGAGUUUGAGAACCCGAGGGACACGCCGCUGGCCAGGCUGCGCUGCCGCUGGCAACAGCAACACAUUCAGUCACUUCCUUUCCGAGGGGAGUUCAUCUGAGAGAGGAUCACUGUGAACGCACCACGACAGUACUGUGCUUUUCAAAAUAAAAGACAUUUACGUUAACAUUGUUAUGCCUUCUGUAUUAACCCCUGUAUUAUGCAUACAUUCACUUCAUCUAUUGUUUGAGUUACUGCUUUUUUUUUUUUUUCAAACUCACUGGCGAUGUUAACAUUUUGUUGUUUCACUGUUGAGUCUUAGCGGAAUGUUGCUCCUAUAUUAGAAGUUGAUAUUUGUGCCUUUGCCCUUUUUUUAAAUUAAUAGUAGAACAUAGAAUUUCAGUGUACUAAUAUUUACGUUACUUUUUUCAAAUCAAGGUUCAACAGAACUUUCUUUCCUUUUAAAACUAAAAAGAGUUGGAUGUUGUUAUUGAGGAGAGAAGCGAGUUCCACUGUGUCGUCAGCCAUCAGUCUGAUGUGUGACCUGAUAUUUCUCUGGAGUCCUUCGCAGCUGCCGUCAGUGGCAGUGCAUCUGUUCGCCUCGAGGCUUUCAGCUUCUGAGACGAUGUCCCGUGUACAUAUGAAAGCUGAUGUUAUUUAAAUGUUUUCUGAAGCUGGUCAAAGUGGAUGUUUUUGAGAGGAGAUGCUGUUGGGUUUCUCUUGCUGCAGUAUAACCGCAGUGUUUUGCUGUACCUGUUUCUUUUUACGUUUAUUUACUUGUGUCAUGAUACAGGUACUAACAGCACAGCAUGUCAGGAGUUUUUAUGCUAGUUUGAUUUUACUUUCAAGCUGUAAAUGUGUCUUUUUAUCUGUAAACGUUGGAGCAGUGUUGCUUAUAAAAUUGCCAAUGUAUACUUUCCCAUGUAAUUUUAACAUCACUUCUUAAUGUGAAGAAACAGAGGGAUCAUGAGUUGUAUUCUACGCAUUCUUCUUCCUUCCCGCCUACAUUACCCACAAUGCAGCUCAGUCGUCGACAGUUGGGUUGGAGUUUCAUCUGUGUUAUGCAAGUAGUGCUAGAGAGGUCUAAUAAGCCCACUUCUCUUGAAGUCCACACCCCCAGAUUUUGUUUUUUUUUUUUUAACUUGUAGUCCUCAGGCCCAGCUGAUGCUGACUCAUUAGUGACAUCAUUUGAGGCAAUUUAUCAGACUUCAUGCAGCUACCUCUGGAGCUACCGAAGGUUUUUUUUCCACAAUUUCAGCAGUACCUUACUUGUUGUUCCCCUUUAAUCAGCUCGGCUCUCACAGACUUCUCAACCUCGGCCAGUAAACACUUACAGUUUUGGUGACAUCACCAGUUAUCAAAUUAUACAGCUGGAAAAUUUAUGGUUGAAAACAACAACGCCAAGUGUAACUUGGGUUAAAAAGAAAAAAACUUAGUAACACAUGAUGAAGAUAAACAUACCUUUUGACAACUGCAGCUCACGUAGGCGGCAUCAAAGGAAGGAGAGUUUUUAUGCCAGUUGUUUAGCGUGCCUACAUUUCCAGAGUAACUUUUACUGUACAGUGUUUCUUUAAAAUUCCGUUUUCGUAACGUUUCUUUUGUUUGAUUGUUUUGUUCAUCUUUAAUUUUGCUCAUUCUUGUUUAGUUGUAAAGUAACUAUUUUACCUUAUGACUUCUUUAAGCUCAGAUUGUGCUUUAAAAACCGUGAAUCCUGCCUUAAAACCAGAAAGGAUAAGCCAGAAAAAAAUAAAAAAAAUCCCUCCUCCAGACGCCUCUCAUUUUUAUUUUAUCUUUUCUGGCAGUGUGUCUGUACUGUGUAUGAUUGAUUCAGACAAAUUGAGCUAAAACAUUGUGAGCUUUUUGAUGUUUGAGAGAAACCAUUACAAACCCAUCUUGGUGUGACUUGGUGUGAAGAAAAGAAGUAGAACGUGGAGGUUGUUUUAACACCGUAACGUCUUAGCUAAUCUCUUAAUUUAAUGUUUGUUUUUUUUUCAACAGGCACUCCUCAGAGGCAAUGCAUAAUCAUUUAUUCACUCUAUUUGCCACUUACUGUCUUUUUGGGGGGGCUAAAAUAAAUAAUUCAAACAGA